AUGAGUAGUGAAUAAUAUCAAUUUCCAGAAAUACCUGAAAAUGUAUUUAUGGUAGCACUCACUGGAUGCUCAACUAGUGGUAAGACAACACUAGGCAAAGAAUUAUAGAGCUUUUUCUAAAAUGAUGCAAACACCUCAUUAAUUCUUAUUCAUUAGGAUACUUUUUAUCAUCCAGAUGAGUAUAUUUAUUCAGUAUUAAAAGGAAAUUGGGAAGUUAAAGAAGCUGUUGAUUGGGAGAAAUUCAUCAAUCACAUUUCUCUUUCCUUAAAGCAGAUUAAUCCAAACAGAAAAUACUUAUUUUUGAUUGAUGGAUUCACUUUAUUUUAUGUUCCUGAGUUUUAUAAUAUUUUUGAUGCAGUUAUCUUCAUGCAUUUAGAUGAUGAAAAUGUUAUUUAGCGUAGACUUGUUGGUCCUUGGAAUGAUACUAUGGAAUAUCUAAAAGACUGUGUGAUUGCAGAUUACAAGAAAUACAAAGUUGAAUGCAUUAAGUAAUUGCUAGAAAGAGAGAAAGAAUUUAUCGUUUUAGAUGGUAGAAUUCCUAAAAAUUUUAUUUAUUAAUCAGCUCUAUCUUGGUUGUAAAGUUUGAAGAAAAUAUAAUGA